AUGGUAAGAAGGCGAGGAGGAAAUAGGAGAAGAUCCCAGCCAUCUCCUACCUCCUAUGCAGAAUAUACUGCAUCGGAUGUUUAUAACAGCUUUGCCAUUGAGGCCCCGGUGGAAUGUGAGAGCGACUGGGGACCUUUCUACUGCGACCUUGUAAGUACCCGAGAAUUCAAAGUGGCGAAGUCAGAGUCGAAAGUGGUUCUUGUGGAGGGUGAAGGUGAUGGGUGUUGCUGUACUGGCAUGAGGAUCGGUGACUUGGGAGGAGUGCUCUUGGAAGCUGCAAAGCUAACAAGGUCCUGGUUCUGUCAGAAGCCUGGGUUAGCUGAGGAUUACGGCUUCUCCCAGAAGGUCGACGAGGAGGAGAACAGCGGCGGGGUGACCCUUCACCCCCCGGAUGGGUUCUACUCCCACCAGCACAAUAUUCACAGCGGACACCAUGCGCACAACGCGGAGCCUGACCGCGGUUACAUGGAAGGCAACAGAUAUGUUACAGCAGUUCAUCGACCUAUGCCUGCUCUAAACCAUUCAAACUCGUCAUGCUCGUCUGCCUCGAAUGCGUCGACCGGUGCAGGGCUGUGCGCGGGCGCAGCGGAACCGGCGCCGCCGCUUUAUAUCGCCGCGCCGCCAGAGGGCUUCGGAUUGGCUGUUCAUACCAACAGUCGGUAUGAAAUGUCACAAGAUUUGUUGGACAAGCAAGUUGAGAUAUUGGAGAGACGAUACGGUGGGUUGCGCGCGCGCAGAGCCGCGGUGACGAUCCAACGCGCGUUUAGAAGGCGGCAGCUUCUAAAGAAAUUCAGCGCUAUUACUGCUAUGGCUAAGGCGGCCGAUUCGAAUGCUCGACGAAUGCAGGAUGGCGAUCAUUUGAUGAUUAACGGCAACGAUAUCUACGCGAAUACAAUGCUACAAAAGAGCCCGGCGGGUGUGGAGAAAUCUCUGGCGCUCACCAGGCCAAUGCGGUCCAUGUCACUACGGGAGAGACAUGAUGUCGACUUGGGAAACCACAUCGGCUGUGACUCGAACGAUGUUGAUGCGAUGGUGGCUAGGGUCCAGCAGUCGGCGCAUCAGAUACACAUGAUCGCAAGUGAAAUACCGCACAGGGGAGACGCAGAUAGCGGAGUGUGCAGCUGUUCCGUGAGCGGUUCAGUGACAAACAUAUCGACAUCCUCAUCACAUAACGAAUCUCUACACAACCAUCAAUUGUUGAAUAACUCAGGUCCAAUAUACGGGAACCUACUGUCCUCCGGUGGUAAACCACUGUCGUCCCCAACAGCGCGGCAACAGCAGCAGCUAGCCGCAAUCCAGGCGGCAAAUGCGAGACGACAUCCGCCGGAAGUGCCAAAACGGACAAGUAGUAUUACACUCAAUGCGGAAAGCCCCGUGUCGCUCCGAAGAGCGGAGUGCGGGGGUGCGGUGGUGAGAGGGGGGUCUAUGUCCUCCGUACAGUCCUCGUCAUCGUCAUCGUCUCAGGAGCACAGGCAUUACCAUCAGGUGUACCAACCUAGGCAACAGGAGCCCCACAUCCACAUCCAAGAACCGCAGUUCCAGCACACUCGUACUGCGUCUGGUACGCUCUAUGAAGCUGACAGGUUCAAUGUCUGGAAAAGACAGGACGCUCCGCCCUACUAUGAAGCCCCGCCUGCCGCUGCCUGUUGUCGACCUCAGCAUGAGCAUCAGCAUACCCAUCAACAGCCUUUGAAGGUAUCAGAAACUGUACGUAAACGUCAGUAUCGCGUGGGUUUAAAUCUAUUCAACAAAAAGCCGGAACGUGGUAUUGGCUAUUUGAUCUCACGCGGGUUCCUGGAGAACUCUCCAAGAGGAGUAGCAAGAUUCCUUAUCACCAGGAAAGGGUUAAGCAAGCAGAUGAUUGGAGAAUAUCUUGGAAACCUGCAGAACCAGUUCAACAUGGCUGCGUUAGAAUGUUUCGUAAACGAGCUGGAUCUAUCCGGUAUGGCGGUAGACGUGGCACUGCGCAGGUAUCAGGCGCAUUUCCGUUUGCCAGGGGAGGCACAAAAGAUCGAGAGGCUGGUAGAGGCAUUCGCAAGGCGCUACUGCGUGUGCAAUCCAGACUUCGUACAGAGGCUUCGUACUCAGGAUACGAUAUUCGUAUUAGCGUUCGCAAUUAUAAUGCUAAACACCGAUUUGCACACACCGAAUCUCAAACCGGAAGCUCGAAUGUCACUCGAUGACUUUGUUCGCAACUUGCGGGGCAUCGACGACUGUGGAGACAUCGACAGGGACAUGUUGGCUGGAAUCUAUGAGCGGGUGAAGUCAAGCGAAUUUAGACCCGGCAGCGAUCAUGUUACUCAGGUGAUGAAAGUCCAAGCUACGAUAGUGGGCAAGAAGCCGCACUUGGCCCUUCCUCACCGUCGCCUCGUGUGCUAUUGCCGUCUCUAUGAAAUACCUGACAUACAUAAGAAGGAACGACCGGGGGUGCAUCAGAGAGAGGUGUUCCUAUUCAAUGAUCUUCUGGUAAUAACCAAGAUAUUCAGCAAGAAGAAGUCGUCAGUGACCUACACGUUCAGGCAGUCAUUCCCGCUGUGCGCGAUGCUGGUGAAUCUCUUCUCGGUUCCACAUUACCCGUUCGGCAUACGUCUAUCCCGUCGCGUGGACGGCCGCAGACUGGCAACAUUCAAUGCGCGUAACGAGCACGACCGUUGCAAAUUCGCUGAAGACCUUCGCGAGAGCAUCGCGGAAAUGGAUGAAAUGGAGGCCAUGAGGAUCGAAGCUGAAUUGAAUAGGGGAAAGGGUAGGGGUACGAAUAAUAGUGCUAGAAAUGUUAUGGAGAAUCGUGACAGUGGAGUAGCAGAUGUGGAAAUCGAUCACCAACAAUGUAUUGAUCACAUGCAUGCUCACGGCGUGGUGCCCCCGCCCCCCUCGUGCCCUGCCCCCAUGGCCCCACGCCCGCCUGGUGGAGGCUGUCCCCCUACCGCAGUCAUCAAGAGGAAUGUUCUCAGCAACUCCCUGGUUGACAUCAACGAUCCUGUGGCCCUCGCAGCCGAGCGGCUCCAGCGCCGUGGGUCAGUGGGGUCCCUGGACAGCGGCAUGUCCGUCUCCUUCCAGCAGGGAAGCCGCACUGCUCUUCACGCCACGUCACCGCGACAUCCACCCGAGCAACGGUCGCCGGGGCGUAUAUUUGGCGGUAUUUUCCCGGCACGAAUACGCAAACUGAGCGCAUCGGGAAUCCCCGACACGAAGAGCCAAGUCGGCAAAAGCACAGAAGUCUAA